AUGUCCUCCAGUCAUGCCAUGUACUCCAGUCAUGCCAUGUACUCCAGUCAUGCCAUGUACUCCAGUCAGGCCAUAUCCUCCAGUCAGGCCAUGUACUCCAGUCAGGCCAUGUACUGCAGUCAGGCCAUGUACUGCAGUCAGGCCAUGUACUCCAGUCAGGCCAUGUCCUCCAGUCAGACCAUGUCCUCCAGUCAGGCCAUGUACUCCAGUCAAGCCAUGUACUCCAGUCAGGCCAUGUCCUCCAGUCAGACCAUGCCCUCCAGUCAGGCCAUGUCCUCCAGUCAGGCCAUGUCCUCCAGUCAGGCCAUGUCCUCCAGUCAGGCCAUGUCCUCCAGUCAGGCCAUGUCCUCCAGUCAGGCCAUGUCCUCCAGUCAGGCCAUGUCCUCCAGUCAGACCAUGUCCUCCAGUCAGGCCAUGUCCUCCAGUCAGGCCAUGUCCUCCAGUCAGACCAUGUCCUCCAGUCAGGCCUCGUCCUCCAGUCAGACCAUGUCCUCCAGUCAGACCAUGUCCUCCAGUCUGGCCAUGUCCUCCAGUCUGGCCAUGUCCUCCAGUCAGACCAUGUCCUCCAGUCAGGCCUCGUCCUCCAGUCAGGCCAUGUCCUCCAGUCAGGCCAUGUCCUCCAGUCAGACCAUGUACUCCAGUCAGACCAUGUACUCCAGUCAGACCAUGUACUCCAGGUAG